AAAUUGCCACCUUAAUACUUGUCGUUUCAUUGCAAAGCAUUAGCUUCCACUGUCUAGGCCGGCUUAAUUUUUUAAAACCUAAAACUUGUCUCUUACGGAUGAAACUCCUUCCACCAGAAAUCUCUUCUUUUUCUUGUUCUUCUUUCUCUGCUACCACUUUCCACUCUCAGAACCCAUCAGCAUGAAGCUUCCAUUUCCCGCCAUUUUUCUCAUCUUCAUCUUCUUCCUCCCUUCCUCCACCACCGGCGCGGGCAUCGACACCAUUUUCCGCCUUAUUCGGAUCCAAGACCGCGAGAGGGCUCCCCCUUCGGUCCAAGAAGCCGCCGCGCGCGGCGUUCUUCUCCGCCUGCUGCCAUCUCACUCCUCCAGCUUCGAAUUCCGGAUACUCUCCAAGAAGCAAUGCGGUGGUGAAUAUUGCUUCAAGAUAAAAAACCAUCCUUCUUUCACAACAGCAGGGGAUCCUCAAAUCCUCAGGAUUGAAGGCACAACUGGAGUGGACAUUGUGGCCGGUCUGCACUGGUACCUCAAGCACUGGUGCGGUUCCCACAUUUCAUGGGACAAAACCGGUGGCUCCCAGCUAUUUUCCGUACCCAAUGUGGGACUUCUUCUCCCGCGCGUUCACCACGCAGGGGUCUCUGUUCAGAGGCCUGUUCCGUGGAGCUAUUACCAAAACGCCGUUACAUCUAGCUAUUCUUUCGCUUGGUGGGACUGGGAAAGAUGGGAAAGAGAAAUUGACUGGAUGGUCCUGCAUGGUGUCAACUUGCCGCUUGCGUUUACUGGACAAGAGGCUAUCUGGCAGAAAGUGUUCCAGGAGAAAUUUAACAUGACCACUUCUGAUUUGGAUGAUUUCUUUGGAGGUCCCGCAUUCCUUGCUUGGUCCCGCAUGGGGAAUUUACAUGGAUGGGGUGGACCACUGCCACAGAGCUGGUUUGAUCAACAAUUAAUCUUACAGAAGAAAAUUCUAGCCAGAAUGUUUGAGCUUGGAAUGACACCAGUCCUGCCAGCCUUUUCUGGUAAUGUCCCUGCUGCACUGAAACGUAUAUUUCCAUCAGCAAAAAUAACACGGUUGGGAAAUUGGUUUUCUGUCAAGAAUGACCUCAAAUGGUGCUGCACCUAUCUUCUUGAUGCAACUGAUUCUUUGUUCAUUGAGAUCGGGAAAGCAUUCAUUGAGAAGCAACUGCAAGAGUAUGGAAGAACCAGCCACAUAUACAACUGUGAUACUUUUGAUGAGAACACCCCACCAGUUGAUGAUCCAGAGUACAUUUCAUCAUUAGGUGCAGCAACUUUUAAAGGAAUGCAGAGUGGUGAUGAUGAUGCUGUUUGGCUGAUGCAGGGAUGGCUAUUUUCAUAUGAUCCAUUCUGGAGACCUCCUCAAAUGAAGGCCCUUUUACAUUCUGUUCCUGUUGGAAAGCUGGUGGUACUUGACCUAUUUGCUGAAGUAAAACCCAUUUGGGUAACCUCAGAACAGUUUUAUGGAGUUCCCUACAUCUGGUGUAUGCUGCACAAUUUUGCAGGAAACAUUGAGAUGUAUGGGAUAUUAGACGCAAUAGCAUCUGGGCCAAUUGAUGCACGCACAAGUAAUAACUCAACAAUGGUUGGAGUUGGAAUGUCUAUGGAAGGUAUAGAACAGAAUCCCAUUGUCUAUGAUUUGAUGUCAGAAAUGGCAUUUCAGCACAAGAAAGUUGAUGUUAAGGCAUGGGUUGAUAUGUAUUCAACUAGACGAUAUGGACAGACACUUCCUUUAAUACAAGAGGGAUGGAACGUCUUAUAUCACACCAUUUACAAUUGCACUGAUGGAGCAUAUGACAAAAACAGAGAUGUCAUCGUAGCAUUCCCAGAUGUUGACCCUUCCUUAAUUUCAGUACAGCAUGAGCAGUCUCACCACAAUGACAAGCCCUACUCAGGAACAAUUAUCAAGGAAAUAACUGAUUCAUUUGAUCAACCGCAUUUAUGGUAUCCAACUUCUGAAGUAAUUUAUGCAUUGGAACUAUUUAUAACUAGUGGAGAUGAACUUUCUAGAUGCAAUACUUAUAGGUAUGACCUAGUUGAUCUGACUAGACAAGUCUUGGCAAAAUAUGCUAAUGAAUUGUUCUUUAAGGUCAUAGAGGCAUAUCAAUCACGUGAUAUCCAUGGAAUGACCCUCCUCAGCCAGAGAUUUCUGGACCUAGUGGAAGAUUUGGACACACUAUUGGCUUGCCAUGAUGGGUUUCUUCUGGGACCUUGGUUAGAAAGCGCAAAGCAACUAGCUCUAAAUGAAGAACAGGAGAGACAGUUUGAGUGGAAUGCUAGAACACAAAUCACCAUGUGGUUUGACAACUCAGAUGAGGAAGCCAGUCUGCUUCGUGACUAUGGAAACAAGUACUGGAACGGGCUUCUACAUGAUUACUAUGGUCCCAGAGCUGCUAUUUAUUUCAAAUAUUUAAGAGAAAGCUUAGAGAGUGGUGAAGAUUUCAAGCUAAGGGGAUGGAGGAGGGAGUGGAUUAAGCUUACUAAUGAAUGGCAAAAGCGUAGGAAUAUUUUCCCAGUGGAAAGUAGUGGAGAUGCUCUAAACACUUCAAGGUGGCUCUUUAACAAAUACCUGAACCUGAGCAAUCCUGAAACAAAGCUUGUACUGGAGUUGAACUGAACGCAAAUCAACGAAAUUUCUAUAAACUAUGCUUACAUGUUUAUAUGAAGCCAAGACCAUCUCGUUAAUCCAGUUCACUUAUCUCUAGAUUUUCAUUUUCCAUACACUGAUACACCGAUGCCAAUUUUCUUUUUGAAAAUAUUUGCCAAUGUGGAAAGGAAACUAUAGCUUUCCAGUUCGUGCAAAUUGCAAAAUACUAUAAAGUAGGCAAAUGUGCGGUGCCAGCUAUUUCCUGUUAUAUGUUACGCGGAGAAUUACCAAUAGCCUUAUCUUAUAAUUUAUUGAUGGGAAAUUGAUGCAUUUGUUUAAACUUAA